AUGCUGUCGAAAUACCUUGCCGCCACCCUGUUUGCACUUGGAACCUCUGGGCUUCUUGUAGUCCCAGAGGCCAAAGAUAUUGCCCAUUCUAAAAGCGGCCACCGGAUGAAUCUCCGCCUACAAUGCCACGAAUGUCCCUUCCCUUCUGUCACAGAGAGUUCUGGUAUUACUUUGAAUGAUGAAUGGGAUAGCUGGCUUUCUCUUAAUGUCACAACCAAAGGCAAUGUACUGUCGGUGAACGACCACCCUAUUUUCCCCGUUCCCCGCGAACCAGUCCAGCUUGAGGCUAUCCUCGUGCGCCAGUCAGAUAUGAUGACAUCUCAGCCAGUUCCUGUGAGCUAUGGUUUAGAGUUCCAGCCCGUGAAGAUCCCAAACUCGAAUACCAAUAUGAUGGUGUUCCAUUUCACUGUUCUCAACCUCGCGGGCUUUCCUGUACCCGUUUCAACUGUCUAUCUGCCCACCGUGGUAUCCCCUAAUGGAGAUCUCCUUCUUCUCAAAGAUAAAGCGGAUGUUCUCCCGAUGCCGAUGAAAUCAUUGAGACAGUGCCGAAGAAACCGGAAAUGUCUAAAACAUCUCAUCAUUGCUCGCAUUCGUGCCUUUAUUCUUGCUGCGAAACAUCGAGCACUUAAUAUUGCGAAGACCCUUUCUUUCAAGGGAUGCCAUCACAAAGGACCAAAAACCAGCCACCUGCACCAUGAGAGCCCAUCCCAUGAAAAUAUGCAGCAAGAUGGAAAUAGCCAUGUCCACCAUCACCAUAAAUCCAUGAAGUUCGCUAACCGCUUCUGCCACAUAUUGAAAACUAUCGUUCUUCCAGGAGUUAUUGGCCUAGUCGCCGGUAUCAUUCUUUUGAUAUUCAGCCUCCAGCUUGCAUGCGGUAUUGUUGCGGUUCGAGCUUUCUAUCGCCAGCGUCGCGAACAACGUGUUUCGGACCAAGAACGAGGAGACGACGUAGAGAAAGAAGCCUUGAUGGACGAUGAACAACCGCCCCAGUAUAACGAGGCGGACUACGGGAAGAUUACUCUACCCGCUGAGAAGGAAUAA